AUGAAACAACAGAUGCAGCUCGACAAAGAAGGGAAACGGAAACAUACUCGACCCACAUUUUCCGGUCAACAAAUCUACCUUCUGGAGAAGACCUUUGAGCAGACUAAAUACCUGGCUGGACCUGAGAGGGCUCAAUUGGCAGCCAUGUUGGGCAUGUCCGAGAGUCAAGUCAAGGGCAGAUAA